CACCGUAAACAACAUGGCUACUGUUCAUCUCCGGGGCUCCACUCAUCUCUUCUCCCUUCAAGCGGGGUUCUUCUAUGAGACAAUAUUUUAAACUCUUCAUUUUUUAUAUUUGUGUCGGAAUAUAAACACUAUUUCCACACUGACAUAUUGUGUACGUGGAUUUACAGACUAGAGAACGUAACCGCAUUGGUACUAGUAUAUCGAUACUGUAACACUGUUGAUCUAAUAUCCAAUAUUGACAUAUUUAUAAUAUAUUGUCUGAAAUUUUAUUUUGUUUGCAUAUAAGUUUAUCCGUCUGGAACCUAUCAUUCGCGGCUGUUAAAGCAGAUAAAUAUGUGUGGUAGUUAUUCGUUCUUAUAAAUGUCGAUGGGAUAGAAGAUUUAUAUCAAUAAUAUUGGGCCAUGUGCAAAAUUUAUGACAAGGUUGAUAACUAAAAUUGGACGCCGCCCAAAGAUAAGUCGCCAAUUUGCAUAAGAAAUAUUUGCAGUGACGUGAACAAGGUGCUGAAUCCAGAAUAUAUGACAUUGCCAAGCUAUUACCUGUGUCACCAAAAGGAUUUAUAAUCCCUUUAUAUGUCAAUAGGUACUGUUCUUGUCCAUGUGUCCCCUACACUGUGUACAUGUGUGACUAGGUAAACAAUUAUUUCCAUAAAGUCCUCAACUGACAUGAGACUCACUGGAUAUAACCAGUGUACAUUGUUAUCUGAUCAUGUCGAGUGAAGUUACAAAUACUGUUUUUGUGGCACCAUAAGUGUUGGCACGAACAAAUCAUGUUGCGAGGACCAAGGGAUUUUUCUAGCCUGGAUUUGAAGCAGUUUGGCGGUCACAAAGAUGAGGUAAACAGCGUAGCCUUCUCCUUGGACUUUCAGAUAAUGAUAACUGGAUGUGAUGACCAGAGAGUGCGAUUAUUCAAUGCUAAGACAGGAUGUAUGGUGUGCAAGGUCAAAGGUCAUACAGGUGCUAUAAAAAGUGUGGCCAUUAGUCCUGACAGUAGGACAUUUGCCAGUGGAUCUUACGAUAAAACGGUCCGACUGUGGAAAACAAGGGAUGCUGAGUUGCUUCAUGUGUUGUUUGGACACACUAAGAGUGUAGAAGUGGUAGUAUUCUCUCCGGACUCCUCCCAGGUCGCCUCUGGAUCCUGGGAUAGGAGUGCGAUACUCUGGGACGUUGAGAAAGGAUUUCCUGUAAGGAUAUUUGCUGGCCAUGAGAGCUUAGUGCAAUCAAUUGCAUUCUCACAGAAUGGUAAAUGGCUGGCAACAGGGUCGUGGGAUUUUACUGUUCGAGUGUGGACUUUGUCUGACUCUGAUGGAACAGAGGAUGUCAAGGUGUUGAAAGGUCACCAUGGUAACGUGCAUGCUGUGGCAUUCUCCAAAGAUGGCAUGCUGGCAUCUGGCUCCUGGGAUAAGACUGUACGUAUGUGGAACCCUCACAGUGGUAAAGACAUACACGUGUGUGAAGGACAUAAUGGCUGGGUCCAAGCCAUCUCGUUCUCCAACGACGGUCUGUAUGUUGCCAGUGCCAGCGAUGAUGACACUGUCCGUAUCUGGGACGUUUACAGUGGAAAGUGCAUUAAAACACUUGAGGGCAAGACAGAUGUGGCACAUCAGUGUGCCUUCACACCAGGGGGAGCCCUGGUAGCGUCUGGUGCUGCAUCAGUAACAUUAUCUCUGACAUGAUAUUUCCUGUUCUUUUUCUCUGAAAUAGUUCUCUGUCUGAAGAAUAAGUGACACAUGUCCAUGUAUGUUGUUAACUUGUAUGUUUCUAGACACUCGUUUAUAAAAUACGUUACAUUUUUGGUAUUUUUAUUAGACGACAACAUGUGAACUGAUUGCUGCAAUAUUUUAUUUGAAAUUGAAAUAAGAAACUAUAUCUGAUCAUGAUGAUGAUCCAAAGAAAAAUAAAUACUGAUAAUAUUACCUUUCCACUUCUAUCAGAUAAUUUUAUUAUGUACCUUUUACUGUACACCAGCAUUAUGGAGUGAUUGAACAGAGAGGAGGGGGUAUAGUGGGAGGGGAGGGGAAUAAUGUUUGUAUUGUUUAAGUUGUAGUACGAGUACAUUGUAUUACCAUAAAACUAAAACUUUGAAAGGAAAAUGAAUGAUUUAGAAUUAGAUUGUGUCACUGUGUGUGCCAAACUGUAACAUACAUAAAUUCUCUAUAUGGAUGUCUACACGUCCAGUGAUCAUAGACCUGUUCUAGGAAAUGGUGCUUCUAUACUCUUCCGCCUACACAGGCAAUAUUCCUUCACGUGAAAUUCACGUGAAAUUCAUGUGAAAUUCAUGUGAAAUUAACAUGAAAUUCACGUAAUUUCACGUGAA